AUGUUUGAGUGUGAACUAUGCCUCAACAUCUACUUUCUCGACAAGGACUUCAUUCACCACCAUCAAGGGAGUCAUCGUUGUCAGGUCUGCGUGCCCAAAAGACACGUGGAGAUGGCAAGGAGGAAACGAGUGGCACGGACAGGCUGGGGCUGCGGAUUCUGUGUCCAUUUCAGCAAGAGUUGGUCGGAGAGGUGUAACCAUAUUAGCGAGCAUUUUGAGAGGAGAGGGAAUACCAUGGCAGACUGGAAGCAUUCAAGGGUGAUAUGGUCCCUCCUUCAGCGCCCAGAGAUACUGCAAGAAUGGUGCCGUCUACUAGAGACCAAGCACCGCACCAAAAACCCUUUUGCUUGGAAAGCGUCAACUACUGGCCGAUCAGAAGGCUAUCCAGACACGAACACGCAACCUCAUUUACAAGACCUUCUCGAAUUCUACACAUCGUCCGAAGACGCGGCCGCCAUCGCAAGACUGGCUUUCGAGACCGGCCUGCGCGAAAAAAAGCUUCCAAGCAUACCUCCGCCUGUGCCAGAAAAGGAUCGGUAUCCUCAACAGCCACCUCAGCAGUCAACAUUUCCUCAGAGCCAGCAUGCUGCCCCGCUUUUUGCCGCCAUCUACGAUCCCAUGACCGACAUGCCUGCCUGGAACCCCCUCUUGGGCACCAUUCCUGAAGACCCUUUUCAGCCAGCAAACGUUGUCACGCUCGACUACGAUGCCCUCAAUGCUGCGUUCAGCCACUCUUACAACCACCCUGGCCAAUUCUAG